GUUCCUUCGGGACGCGCCCCGGGCUCCGCUGCACUCGCAGCCUCUCCCCUUGCGGAGCGGUCCCCGGGCCGGGGCUGGGGCGAGGAUGCCGGCCCUUCACAUCGAAGAUCUGCCAGAAAAGGAAAAGCUGAAGAUGGAAGUUGAGCAACUUCGCAAAGAAGUGAAGUUGCAGAGGCAGCAGGUGUCUAAAUGUUCCGAAGAAAUAAAGAACUACAUUGAAGAACGUUCUGGAGAGGAUCCUCUGGUGAAAGGAAUUCCAGAAGACAAGAAUCCUUUUAAAGAGAAAGGCAGCUGCAUUAUUUCAUAAAUAACUCUGGAGAGAAAUUUCAUCCUCAGUAGAAGAACUAGUUUGUUUUGGUUUUCUGAAAUAAAAUCGAAAUUCCUCUCAGACAAGGAAAACAAAAUUUAAAGACUUUCUUAAACACUUAUAUUGUAUGGUUAUGUUUAAAAGCUGUAUGCUUCUCAUCUUUGCUCACUACGCACCCUUUUUAAGAGGGCAGAAAGUAUCAAAUGUACAAUUAUGGAAAUAAGGACAUUACUUGUGCAUGACUCACCUCUUUCAGUAUAUUGCUUGAUGCCUUAAAUAAAGUUUUAUCUCUGGAAAAUGA